CAUACUUUUUUCAUUUUCAACAAAUAGACAGAGCUGACAGAGAUAAUUAAAUUCCUAACUUUUUCAAACAAGCAAAUUAUGCAUGCAAACUCCACAUGUUAUUCAAAUGAUAAUUCAAAUGUUUCCUGUAUGACUCUUGGUUUCAUGUUCACCGAUCUGUCAAACAACAGAAUCGGACUAAAGAAACAAAGCCUGGUGAUACAGUAAAUUGGUGUCUUUGAGAAAGAAACAAAAACAUAUAAUGAAGGUGUUUAUUGUCACACAAACAUGCGAAUUGGCCAUAGAAGUUGCCCAACAAGAAAAAAUUCUGGAAAUCAAACAAAAAAUAGAGAACUUCCUCGGAUAUCCGGUGCCUUCACAAAUCCUCACCGUGCUUGGGUGGGAACUUAUCGACGCACUUGAUUUGGAGGAUUAUCCCAUCGUCACUGAAGGUACAAAAAUCUAUCUCAUCAUCAAAACUCUCUGUAUGGCUCCACCUACUGUUCAACAAAAUCACAGGCACAAAAUUCAAAUUACUGUUAAGUUUCCAGCAAGAAAAAUUAAUAUAGAAAUAGAGGCAACAGAAACUGUUAGGAGCCUAAAAGAAAAAGUUCAUAUUAUUGAUGGCACUCCUAUAAAACGAAUGAUUCUGUCUUUUGGUGGGAGAGAGAUGAACGAGGAGUUUCGCAACUUGAGCGAGUAUGGUAUUGGUGAAUUUUCGGAGAUUGUAGUCUUCCUCAAGACUAUGAGUCGUUUAGUGGCUGAGCCACCUUCAAGAAUGCUGAGUUUGGUGGUCCAAACCUCGUCUAGUUUGCUUAAUGCAGCUAGAAUUCCUGUGGAAAUGAAGGACUCGAGCACCGUCAACGACAUGAAGCAGUCUCUUAUAAUUCGGAAAAUACUGCCUACUGAUGAUUAUAUAUUUAUCCACAAACAAAGGAUCAUGCGUGAGAAUUGUAGCCUCCGUUGGCAUGGUGUUGAAAAUGGUGAGAGCCUUUAUGUAUUUAAAGGAACUGUCAGCCGUGGGGGAUUUUAGGACGCUACGUGUUCACUACAUCUUUUAUCAACUACUUAUAUAGUUUAAUAUGAUUAAAGUAGUUGUUACAGUAGAAUAAUAGAUAGAUAGUAUAGA